CGGGAGUAUGCCGAACGUGUCAAAAUAUACGACGACUAGCAGUACACAAGCACCACCGGUUCUGGGUCCCAGACUAUAUCCCAUCUGCUGUUUCCAUUCUGUAAUACUUAUGACCUGCUUUGGAUCGUGACGGUUUCCUAUUGAUGAUUGGCGGUUUUUGCUUUCCUCGUCUGUUUCCAAUUGGGUCAUUGUGGCGUACGGUAUUCUUUCAUAGGGCCUUGAGAAGGGCGUUUCCUUUUCUAUUAUUUUCUAUCCAUCCUGUCCAAGGCGAUUGCUCUGAUUUUACCAUAGAAAUAAAUGGGCAAUGUCAACAUGUCUGCGGGAAGGAAACCCAUGGUGUGCACGGUGUUCGAUUUCUUUUUUCGUUCUAUAUUUUUAUGCGUCAACAUGCGGGGACAAUACAAGCAAAUUUCUAAGGGGAAUAGCGUCAAGUUCGAUCUGUGAUUGGAUAACCAGCUCUUUAUUGUCUUUCUAUGAGAUGAACAUUUUCCCACGAGGGUCUAGAUUUCUUUUUGUAAUUAGGAGAUA